ACAAAAUAUUACAUUUAACACCGCUAUUCCACAAUAAAUUUUAACACAAUGAAAAUUAUAACAUAUGAAUAUUAUACAUAUUCAAUGUAUUCUUGUAACAAAAUGCUUUUUUUAAAAUAAUUUGAACGUUUUAAGUUGUAAUUGUAGUAAACUUUUUGUCACUCUCGCUUAAAUUAGAGCGCAACUCUUUCAAAACAUUAUGAACAAGUUCAAGUAUAAGUUUUUUUCUUUCUUUUUAUUAUUAAAGUAAAAAUAAAUGGUUCUAGAACCAAACAGGACAGUUUUAGUAGAAACUCUAAAGUAUACAAAACUAUGUAGCUACUCAUGUCAAAAAGGAUUAAAAUUUUGUCUCUGGUUUAUAAUGAAGAUUACAGCAUUGUAUAAACGCCACACAUUUCCGAUAACCAUUGAUCCAACAGACACCUUUAAAAUUAUAAGGCGCAAAAUACGCAUUGAAAUAUGCAACACGAUAAAUCUUUCGCACAAAUGGGAGCUAAGGCUCUAUUUGCACGGUGUUUUGAUGCCUGAUAACAUUGUUGCCAAUGAUAUCGGAUUAAAAUCAGGUGAUAGGUUACACUGUCGUUUCAAAGAAAAAAUAAGCAGCGAGUUGCUAGUGCUUGUGAAAUAUGAUAAGCGAACUGUGGAGUUGCGAGAAAAAAUAUGCUUCGAAACAAGCACGGUGGAGCAUCUACGUGUUCUUUUACAGAACAAGUUAGGCAUUCCAGUAAGUCUAUUCCGUUUAGUACAAGUAAAAGAAAGUGUUCUUAAUUUAAAAGAGCAUAGAAGAGAACUCUUUGAUAUUCAUACACUGAAGCAUUACGAUAUAACUGAAGGUGAUAUUAUACAUUUGGAGGUGUGGAAGAACACUAAAAGCUUUCUGAUUGGUGCAUUAAAAGGGGAUAUUAUACAAACAUUGAAUAGCAUUCCUAGUUACUACGAUAACUCAGAUUUAAACAGAUAUCUACUCAGAGUAGCAUUGUUCAUAGCAGCUCACAAAAAUUUCGCGAAGUUGGCAGUUCAAAUCAUGCAGCGUGGCAUAAGAUGCGAAGAAGCAGUGGGAGAGCAUCCCUCCAGACAAUGGUGUGUGCGACAGUCUCAUCCUGAGGUGCAUAAAACUGCAGUGCAUCAAGCAGCUGAACAAGGGAGUUUGGACUGUUUACAACUUUUCCUACGCCAUAGCCCAGCGUCCGUAAUAAAACAAGAUGGUUACAAGUUAACUCCGUCUAACUUAGCGUCACUUCAUCGUAAAAUGGAAUGCUGGAAACUUCUGAUCAGUUCACAGUUCAUGUACUACAAAAUCAGAGGAAUCCGGUUAACAGUGUAUGCCAGAAUUAUGCAGUGGUGCUACAAAGCACGAGAAAGAAUUAUGUGUUUUAAGGGCCAACCUUUAUUUUUGCAGUCAAAUCUCAAGAAUCCAAAUCGUGUUGUCUUAGGAAAUGCUUUAACGGUUAAUGGUGUGGAAUGUGAUAGUUUUGACAGUAUGUGUGACGACUGUACAAAAUUGCCUGCUAAAGUCAACAAGAAAUCACGUGACACACACGUACCAGUUGUAAAGAGAAGUGAGGAAAUGCUCAAAUUUCCUUCUAGGAAAAUAUCUGUCCGGCAAUUCAAUUUAAACAAGUCUUUAAGGAUAUCCUCACCGCCUAUCAAGUCAGAUCAAUGGAAGGUUCCAAUUACAGCUAAAAUAGUUAGAAAUGAACACAGCAGUAAAAGCAUCCAGCCUAAAAAAGAGGGAAUACCAAUCUUAUUCUCCGCUCUGCAUGAUUCUAAAUUGUAUGCGAAUUCUCCAAAGUUCAAUACUUUUCCAGAACACGCCGGCAAUCGUAUUCAUUCUAAGAAGAGCAUUUUGAAAUCAUCCUCAAAAUGUAGGAGCCAAACUGAAGAUUUACUUUUACGCACUACCGGAUUGUCUUCACGCGACAUAGCACAACAGUGUUUAAAGCUUGGUCUCUUGUUUGAGAAAAGAGGAUGGUGGACGCAAAUGGAUGUUGCUAUGAGAAGCAGCAAAAACAUAAUUCAAAGAAGAGAAGAAGGAAAAAACUAUUUUAAUUAAAAUCUAAUUCCCAUCUGCUUAACAAAAACAACCUUAGUUACAAUUCAUGUGUUGGUUCUCGUACCGUGAAAUAAGCUAUUUCUUUAGUGGAGGCUAUGCGUAAUCGAUUAGAUAUUGCGAAAAAUAUUAUUAAAAAAAAAUUCACGUUAGUCUCCAGUGGAGACCAAGCUUUAUAAAGCGGCUUCGCCAAAAUGAGGAAUUUUUGCAUGUAAUGUUCACCAAAGCAGAAGAAAAGUUUCAACUCCCUGUCCUUUUUACUUUUUUUAUGUUUAUACCAAACUCUUAAAAGGAGAGAAAAAGUCCGAUAUGAACGUGAUGGGAAGAAGUCCUGUAAAGGAGGUUAAAAAUAAUGGCAUACUUCACUAGAGAUAAUUAAGUAACAGCUA